GGCGGGCGGUGCCGCGGGGCGGGCGGAGCGGCGGCCACGUGUGCGGAAGCGGCGGUGGCUGCCGCGAUGGCGCUGAAGGCGGUGAUCCUGAUCGGGGGUCCGCAGAAGGGGACCCGGUUCCGGCCGCUGUCGUUCGAGGUGCCCAAGCCGCUGUUCCCCGUGGCCGGGGUGCCGAUGGUGCAGCACCACAUCGAGGCCUGCGCCAAGGUACCGGGCAUGAAGGAGGUCCUGCUGAUGGGCUUCUACCAGCCGCACGAGGCCCUCAGCCGCUUCCUGGCGUCAGCGCAGCAGGAGUUCAAGAUCCCCAUCAGGUAUCUCCAGGAGUAUGCAGCACUGGGCACGGGUGGUGGCAUCUAUCACUUCCGAGACCAGAUCCUGUCAGGUGGUGCUGAGGCCUUCUUUGUCCUCAACGCAGACGUGUGCUCAGAGUUUCCCUUGCAGGAGAUGCUGGAGUUCCGGCAGCAGCAUGGGGACGCGCACAGCUUUGUCAUUCUGGGUACCACAGCCAACAGGACGCAAGCACUAAAUUAUGGCUGUAUUGUGGCAAACGCAGACACACAGGAGGUCCAGCACUACGUGGAGAAGCCCAGCACGUUUGUCAGUGAGAUCAUAAACUGUGGCAUCUACCUGUUCACACCUGCCAUCUUCCAGCACAUUGGCGAAGUCUUCCAGAGGAACCAGCAGGAGUUAGUACUAGAAGAAAGCUCCAAUGGCUGGCAGCGCGCAGAAGUGAUCCGGCUAGAGCAGGACGUUUUCACAGCGCUGGCUGGGAGUGGCAAACUCUAUGUCUACAAAACAGAUGGUUUCUGGAGCCAGAUCAAAUCGGCUGGCUCUGCUAUCUAUGCCAGCCGCCUUUACCUGAACCAGUACAGCAAGAGCCACCCAGAGAGGCUGGCCCAGAAUAAACCUGGAGGCCCUAUCAUCCGAGGGAAUGUGUACAUCCACCCCACAGCCUCCAUCGACAGCACAGCUGUGCUGGGCCCCAACGUCUCCAUUGGGGAGGGAGUGACGGUGGGAGCUGGUGUGCGUGUGCGUGAGUCCAUUGUCCUGCAUGGUGCCUCACUCCAUGACCACACCUGUGUCCUCAAUACCAUCGUGGGCUGGGACAGCACCAUCGGGCGCUGGGCCCGGGUUGAAGGAACACCCAGUGACCCUAACCCCAACGAUCCCUAUGCCAAGAUUGACAGCGAGACCCUCUUCCGGGAUGGGCGCCUCACGCCAUCCAUCACAAUCCUAGGCUGCAGUGUCACCAUCCCCGCUGAGGUCGUCAUUCUCAACUCCAUUGUCCUUCCUCACAAGGAGCUGAGCCGCAGCUACAAAAACCAGAUUAUCCUGUGAGUUAGUGGCUUGCUGGGUUUGGGGGCCAGCUCCAGCCCCUCACUUCCUGCUGUGCCCCACAGCAAGAGCCUGUGCUGAGGCUUCACCUCCUGUGAGGUUCACAGUACCCCUAGAGUCAUACGUGCAGGCCAGGUGCCCUGUGAGUGCCUGAUUCCUGCUUCAGACAGACAUUAAAGCUGGUGAGCAUCAGCCUCAUGUGCUGCUUCUCUUGCAGCCCAGGGGCUGGGUGAAGUCUUCAGAGACGGCAUGUGCCCUGGCACCAGCCUGCGCAGGGAGCCCUGGGUUGAGACUGUUGAGGGAAUACGUGCUGCUUUCAGUGUCUUAGGUCCAGCUUUGGGCAUUUCUCCAAAGGACACUACCACCACUGUCUUACCACACCUCCUCACUCUGCAUCAGUUUCUGUCUGCAGCACCCUAGAAAGUCUUGAGGCUGUGGAGCUUUGAAUAUGCCUGUCCUGCAUAGACAGCUUACCCUGCAGGAGGCAAUUUCAGUGUGAUUGCAACAGCUUGAGCUAAGCUCCUGCCCACCACUGGGAAAAUGCAGCUGCACCAGGCUGUCCAAAGGGCCCAGGCAGGGCAGGGCUGGGUUGGACACGCAAGCUGCUGGCCCUGGAGGGAGCUGCAAAAGCACCCCUUCCCCCAGCACCAUCUCUGCUGCCAAGGGCUCAGUGUGAGCCAGGGGAGCUGCCAGCCCUACGGAGCCUGCUUCUGUCAGGCUGGAACCUGCACAGGCUACCUAGGCAAGGCUCAGGGUGACAGCAGCAGGCUCCUGCCACCGCGGUGGGCUGGCAGCCUCCUCUGCACUAGCUUGGGUGGAGCCUGGGGGGUUGGCUCUAUGUCUCACCUCACACCAGCCAUUUCCACAGGGUACCAGAGCAAUCAACUUACAUGUGUACAGGUGGCAGAGCGCUGAUGCCUGUCUGUCUCUCAAAACCUCUGUUUUUAUUGAAAGCAGCUCCCAGCUGAUCCUGCUGCGCACUGUUUAUGAUAACCAACACUGCCUUUAUCCACUUACUUCACUGUCUUCUCCCCUGGUUGCGGAACUCUGCACUCUGUAAAGUGCUCCAUCACGCCUCUCGCCUUCAACAACGUGCUGCAUUAGGCAU